AUGAAGCCCUUCUGCAGUCUUGUAGCCUUAGCUGGACUAGCCAGCUUGGGUGUUGCUCUGGUACCGCAGCCAUUCAAUGCCAAAAUUGAAGAUACUGGGCCGUGGGCAGUUAACUUGGACAUUAGCUCUCAUUCUUUCCUCAAGGCUAGGAGUCUGCCGACUGGCACAUGCAAUGCCGAAACCCCUUACGAAAAUGAUGCAUGCUGCGGCAGUGAUAACCUCUGUGGCUAUUCGCCCAAGUCUUGCAGCACAGGGUGUCAGCACAAUUGUGAGUGUCUUUAUACUGUAUCUUGUUACAUUCACUUAUUGACAAUGUCUCCAGGCGACGCGAAAGCAGAAUGCGGCCCAUAUGCAGCGGAGGGUGAACAGAAAUGCCCACUCAAUGUGUGCUGCUCGGAAUUUGGCUUUUGUGGAUCAACGUCCGAGUUCUGCACUUGGAAUAACACGGCAGACCCGAAUUAUUCCAAAUGCGAUACUGCAUAUGGCGGCUGUGGCUCUGUAGACAAACCGUCAUGCUCCUCUGGUGGAAAUGGGGCUUCCAAGCGCAACAUUGGCUACUACGAGUCGUGGGCCAACACGAGGACAUGCCAAAAUGUGGCUCCCGAAGAUCUGAACCUGGAUGGUUUCACCUCGAUCAACUUUGCUUUUGCCUUCUUCGAUCCGGCAUCCUUCACCAUCACGUCUAUGGACUCUAAUGCUGCUUCUCUUUGCAGCCGAUUUACAGCAUUAAAGGAUAAGAAGCCGGGAUUGAAGACCUACAUCUCCGUCGGCGGUUGGUCGUUUACGGACCCCGGCGCCACCCAGAAGGCCUUUAGCAACAUGGCCAGCUCGUCGGGUAAUCGCGAGAAGUUCAUUAACGGUCUUGUCAACUUCAUGGACACAUUUGGCUUCGAUGGUGUUGACCUUGACUGGGAAUAUCCGGGUGCCGAUGAUCGCGGAGGCGUGGAAUCCGACACGGCCAACUAUGUCGCUCUCGUGGAGCAGAUGCGUCAAGCCUUCGGGACCAAAUACGGGCUUACUGUCACAAUCCCUACAUCAUACUGGUACCUGCAACACUUUGACGUCGAGAGCAUGCAGACCCACAUCGACUGGUUCAAUCUGAUGGCCUAUGACCUGCACGGUACCUGGGAUGCGCAGUCCAAGUAUGUUGGGCCCUACAUUGCCCCACACACCAAUAUCAUCGAGAUCGAUGCCGCGCUGGAUCUGUUGUGGCGUGCAGGUGUGGAUUCAAAAAACGUCGUCCUGGGACAGGGUUGGUAUGGCCGCAGCUUUACUCUCAAAGACUCGAGCUGUAGCACUCCCAACGGAAUGUGUGAGUUCAAAGGCGGGGCCGACCCUGGCCCUUGUUCCAAGGCAGCCGGUAUUUUGGACUGCGAGGGGAUUGCGGACAUCGUUUCCAAGAAUAAUCUCGACCCUUGGGUGUCGUAUGACGACAAGGACACAUUCAAGCAGAAGAGAGACUUUGCCAACAAACGCUGUCUUGGUGGACUCAUGGUUUGGGCCAUGGAUCAGGUCGAUCAGACAGCGGAGAAUGGUUUUGGCGGCGCGGCAGCAGCGGCUGGUGCCGCCGUGUCCUUAAGUCAGCAGAAAGAUGCCAAUAGCAAAUCUAGCGACAUGCUGGCUGGGUUGAAAUGCUACGUGUCCGAUUGCACUUCUUCAUGCAAGGCUGGGACGGUGCAGGUGGCGCAAUUCAAUGGUCAGCCAGGCCAAAUUAGCACUAGCCAACGCUGCAGCAAAAAGAAAUACAGAAGCCUGUGUUGCGACUCCUCAACCACCAUGGGGACCUGCCAGUGGCGUGGCUAUCGUGGUGCCGGCCUGUCUUGCAUCAAAGGCUGCGCCGAUGGUGAGACUGAGCUGACGACCAACACCAACGAACAUGAGAGCAAGAAGGGGGACAAGAACUGCCACGGAGGACUGCAAAGUUUCUGCUGUUCCGGCUACAAGCCUACGUCGUCGAGUCUGGAGGAUGACCUGAAAGAUGCAGCCAAAGCAGCAGCCGAGGCGGCGGCCGAGCAAGCUGCCCUAGAUUUGGCGGCGAAGGCUUUCUGCAGGGUGGCAGUGCCAGCUCUGUUGGCACCUCUGGAGCUAUUGGAAGACCUCAUCCCCAUUAUCGGCGAGAUUGCCGAUGCCAUCGAGAUUGCAGCCACUCCCGGAAUCAUCGAAGGGUGCGUCAAAGGGAUCGAGAAGGAAGGCAAGGCCGAGUUCAAGGUGUUUGGCAAGAAGCACACACUGUCCAUAAACUCGCCCACCACCAAGGCCACAACCGUGCCCUCCCGUGACGACCCAAAAGGCGACAAUCCGUCAAAAACCGGGGACAAGAAUGGAAAAUGCACCUGUGUGGCCAAGCGCGCUCCAGCUGUUCCAACCGAGACCACGUUCAAGAACUCAGAACGCAUGGGGUUUCUUUGCUAUGUGCACUGGAAUUCCCCAGAAAAGACGACAGUGAAAGAAUGCGGAGAAGUCGUGCGAGAGAAGCACGUAACUACACGAGAUUGGUGGUCUAAUGGAUAUGACCUUUAUUACGAAAAUGUUGACGGCAAGAAAAUAAUACACGCCGGUGGACCAGAACUCUUAAUAAGAGAUGGCGAGGGUAAGGUCACCAAAAACACUAAUAUCGGAUCCAUUGGAUCUCGUGGUAUGACUUGGACUGGUGAUACCACUUUCGAUAAAUCCUACGCAGUGUGGCAAGAUAUGGGACCUAUCAGAGAUGGUAUCAAAUACAGCGAGGCUAAGAAAGCCGCCGAAGUUUACGCGCAGAAGUAUGAAGAAUACGGCUAUUUCACGAAUAACUGUUACCAGUAUGCGAACAAUCUGUACUAUUGGAUGGUGGACGGAAUAGAGCGAUAA